AGGACGGCGGAGGUUAGCCUCGUUGCCUAGAUACGAACUCAGGAGGUGGCGCAUGAAGCGCCGUCCUCCGAGUGAAACUGGCCUCCGUUGUGGGCCAUUGUGGCUCUGGCGUCAGCACGCAUUCAACGGGUCCCCCUUCCCCUCGCUUGAGCCCGAAUGUCGACAUUUUCCCCGUCGCCGCUCAAGUGGCACUGGAGGCGAAAACACUAGCGCCAUUUCUGUCGGCGUCCAUGAUACGCUAUGCGACCGCAGCGGAUUCCAGAGCCCAACGAGCUCGGAACGGCAGCGACGGAGAAGUAGCCGCUCGCCUUUCGGUGUUCCUCUCCUCUUCAGCCCACUCGCAGGUGGCGCUGGUGAAGUGAUCACUGCAACAUGGGCACCUUCGUGUGACGCAAACACGUCUUGUGUUUUGCUGUGCGGCAGCAUAAGCCAUGCCUGACGAAUAAAAUCACCCUUUUUGCUAAAAGCAACAAAAAAAGGGGGGGGGAAAUCCCACAUGCCUCCCCACGUAGAACCCCUUCAGUGCAUCCCGCUGGAGUGAUUGGCCCACCUUCCAGAGGUUCUAGGUUCUCUCGCCCCCUCUUCUCUGUACUUGUCCCCAACCACCUGACACACAACUCAUCGCAAUGCCAAUCCACCUGAGAAUAACCAACACCUGAGGUCUCAUGCGUCCAGUGAGCGCCGAUUCAGACGGUCCUGCUCCUCCCGCGAACCUCUCUUGGCCCUACCCGCUCGUGGCUCCCCUGCCUGCCUCAGAGAUGUCCCUGCUCCAGUCGCUGGGUCCAGUGCAAAACUGGCUGGGCCAGGAGCUGGAGAAGUGCGGGAUCGACGCCAUGAUUUACACCCGCCAUGUCCUCAGCCUCCUCCUGCAUGACAGUUAUGACUAUGACCUGCAGGACUACCUUCAUGAGAAUGACAUCUUUUUGGGCUGGGAGAAGGGAACUGGGAAGAAAUGGGGCAAGAGUAAGAAGAAGGGAGGGACCGACCUGAGUCUCGAGGAAAUGAAGAAACAAGCGGCGGUGCAAUGUCUUCGUUCUGCGUCUGAUGAAGUAAGCGCUGCUCGGCCGAAGCAUCCUGUAACAAAAGAAAGCCUAGUUAUCGAAUCCGCAGAAAUAGUCCAAAAUUUAUGGAACAUUUGUUGUGGUUUUAAGUAAAAAAAAAAAUAAUAAUAAAAAUUGCAG